AUGAGCAGCACAACGUCUUCUGAAAGAGGAGGAUUAACUCGGAAAAGUCAUCCCACCCACGGGAUGGGAAACAGAAAGACGACGUUUCACUCUCCCAGAUUGAAAAAAAAACGAAACGAGACAGAUUUCAAUCAGAUGAAUGAGAUGGGAAGGAAAGAUUCUCAAGAAUCUCAGAAUCUCAGAAUCUCAGAAUCUCAGAAUCCCAGAAUCCCAGAAUCCCUGACCCCAGAAUCUCAGAACCUCAGAACCUCAGAAUCUCAGAAUCUCAGAAUCUCAGAAUCUAAGAAUCUCAGAAUCUCAGAAUCUCAGAAUCUCAGAAUCUCAGAAUCUAAGAAUCUAAGAAUCUAA